UCGCGAGACUAGGAUAGGCGGGGAGUACUUGCGGGAGACGGUCGGCGGAGGUUUAUCCCGGGUCAGUGAUGGGGCUGAACCCCGCUGACUUGCCAGUUGUCCCUGUUGUCUCUGCUGGGUUCUGCGUCUGCUUGCUGAAGAGGCCGAACAAGGGCGCGGAGUCUUUUCUCUUGGGUGCAUAAGUCCCUGUUGACAGAGGUCUUAGUCUCCACAGCUGACGGCUGCGAGGGAUAUUUAGCGGAGUAUUCUUUUAGAAAUGAGUUGCACAAUUGAGAAGGCACUUGCUGAUGCUAAAGCCCUUGUUGAAAGAUUGAGAGAUCAUGACGAUGCAGCAGAAUCUCUGAUUGAGCAAACCACAGCUCUCAACAAGCGAGUAGAAGCAAUGAAGCAGUAUCAGGAAGAAAUUCAAGAACUUAACGAAGUUGCAAGACAUCGGCCACGGUCCACGUUAGUUAUGGGAAUCCAGCAAGAAAACAGACAAAUCAGAGAAUUGCAACAAGAGAACAAAGAAUUGCGUACAUCCCUGGAAGAACAUCAGUCUGCCUUGGAACUUAUAAUGAGCAAGUAUCGAGAACAAAUGUUUAGAUUGCUCAUGGCUAGCAAAAAAGAUGAUCCAGGUAUAAUAAUGAAGUUAAAGGAGCAGCAUUCCAAGAUUGACAUGGUACAUCGUAACAACUCCGAAGGAUUCUUCCUUGAUGCAUCUCGACACAUCCUUGAAGCACCUCAACAUGGACUGGAGAGGAGGCACUUGGAAGCAAAUCAGAAUGAGUUACAAGCACAUGUUGACCAGAUAACUGAAAUGGCAGCAGUCAUGAGGAAAGCCAUUGAAAUUGAUGAGCAACAGGGUUGUAAAGAGCAGGAACGAAUAUUUCAACUUGAACAAGAAAACAAAGGCUUGAGAGAGAUCCUUCAAAUAACUCGAGAAUCGUUUUUGAACCUUAGGAAGGAUGAUGCAUCAGAAAGCACAUCUUUGUCAGCAUUAGUAACCAACAGUGACCUGAGUCUGAGGAAGAGCUGAAGGGCUUCCAAGUCUGGGAACUUCGUAUAUGACUCCAAACUGUCACUAAAACUGGCCUAUAAAUGAACAAAUGAAGAGAAAACUCAAUUUCAAUCAACCCCUUUUUUUUCUCUAUAGUUUGUACAGUGCACUGGCUAAGCAAUAGCAACAAAAAAUGUAUAGUUAUUAGUUAUAAACUUUAUUCAAAAACAUAAUUGAAAAUAGAAACUGAGCCUUUGUUAAUUGGUGAACAAAUGAAGGGUUUUCACAGUGAUGGCUAAACAUAUCAAGAGCUUGCAGCAGUGGUGUUGACUUUCUGGAUGAUAUACUUAGAUAAACUUGACUAUUCCCAGUAAACAUUUGGGAAUUCAUAGAAUUAUUCUAAUUUAUAAUAUUUUGCCAUGGUUUUGUGAAUGGAAGAUCCUCAUACUCAAUUUAAUCCUUCCUGUUUGGUGUCAGAGUUAACAAAUAGCUUAUGUACCAUAAGACUUCUGCUUUAGUGAUUGCCUGUCUCCUUUCCCAUUAAUUUAAAUUUUUUUGUCAAAGAAAAUUCAGGUUAAAGGCUGUAGUAAUGUUUUACAUAUUCCACAAAUAAAAGAGGCAAUUUAAUUAUAGCUAACUUACUUUAUGAUACUUAGCUUACAAUUGUCCAUAACUUGCUGAAGAAUAUGAAAUAUUUCAGGAAUGAAAAAGAAGGAAUAUUACUUUCUAAGAAAGAAGAUCUUAUAAUAGACAUAUUUAGUAGGUUAAACUACUCUGAAAGAAUAAGUUUUGGUUUUUAGUAAAUAAUGAAAAUAAGAUCUUUCUCUUUUCUGGUUGGUAUUUAAGGAUAUUAUAUAUUUCAUUUACUUAACAGAGCUGAAAUGUUUGAUUUAGUAAAAUAGGUGUGGUAAUUUCAAAGUAAAUUCAAAAUUCUACUGGUUUAUACAACCCUUUUUUUUAAGUGAUUACUUAAGACAGAAAAAGUAGACUCAAAUUUUUUAAAAAAUAUUUAUUUUUAAGCUCCAUCUGGUCCUCAUACCCUUCAUGUUUUUUUUUUUUUUUUUUUAAAUAAAACUUUUCAUUUCUAAAGGGGGUUGAAAAUCUAUGGAUUUACAAGUUUUGGUUUUAUUAAAUGUCAAAAGAGUACCUGCAUUUUUUUUAAAGCCACUGGAUAUAAAAACUUUAACACCAAUUGAAACCUAAAUUUUUCUUUAUUUUGUAGUGAUCAUGGAAUAAAAGGAUGAGUAUCAAAUAUUACAUAUAAUAUACUCAUUUGUAUUACAUGCUAAAAUUACCACAAAUAGAAAAUUCUACUUUUGAGCAUAUAAUUUGUUAAAGAAAUGUCAUGUGAUAAUUUUGUAUAAUAUGUUGUAAAACUCAAAACUACUUUUCACUUUAGAAUUUUUCUAUAUUAAGUUUGGGGAGAGAGGGUGGAUGGGGCUUAUUGAUUAGAAAAGGGCUAAUGGCCCAAAACAUUAAAUUUCUUUUGUCAUUUAGAGGCCUUAAGGGAUACUUUAUAGUCUUUUAUUUUUAAACUUUUCUAUUUUUUUGGAAAGUAGUCCUUAAUUCAGUGGCACAUUCAUUCAAAUAGUUUUAAUCCCAAGUAAAAAUUAAAGAAAAUAAACUACACAGUUGAGAUUUUGUCUGAGGCAAUUCAUUAGGCAGCUGUAAUUAUAAAACAUUACUUGAUAAAUAUUUUUGUAAACAGAUGAGUUAAUUUGUUCUUGGUGUUCUUGCUUGAAUAUAAUUUUAAGGUCUUGGGUGUUUGAAAGACACUUCGUUUUUAAUGAGUUUUCCAUUCCCCCCUUUUUUUUUAAGAACCUUAAAUUUGUGUCUGAGAGUAUAUAAUGCAUAGGAAACUAUUUUAUCAAUAAAGAUGAGUGGUUAAAAUUGG